GUCUGUCUUCACCGAUAGCGGAAAGUUUUACCGCAAGAUUCGCUCCGCGAAGAGGUUCGAGAGCGCGAAGUUGUCCGUCAGUCCGUUGUUGUUUGGUGCCGCGAUCGGCUCGUGCAUAUUGUGAGAUUCGUAUUGCAAACUGUUGAAUAGAGCAUUUAUAUCAUCUGUACAAAUCCACAAUACGAAAAUGUACGCGGGUCGCUUAUCCAGGAUCGCGAGGACAGCACUCAGUCCCAUGAAGUAUCGCCACAUUCGUCUGGCCUCAUCUUCGACGGGGUUGUGGCUAUCGCAUGCUCAACCAGGUAGUCAGAUUGCUGGUAUGCGGCGAGCUCUUCAGACUUCGGACAGGCCGAGAAGAGCAACGUUCACGGACCGUAGCCAGUUGAAAUACGCGCGACGUUUGGUUGUCAAGUUGGGAAGCGCGGUAAUAACUCGGGAAGAUGAGCAUGGUCUGGCUCUAGGUCGCCUGGCUUCGAUCGUCGAACAAGUAGCCGAGUGUCAAAAUGAGGGACGUGAGUGCAUCAUGGUAACCAGUGGAGCUGUAGCUUUCGGAAAGCAAAAGCUAACACAGGAACUUCUCAUGUCUCUUUCCAUGCGCGAGACGCUGAGUCCCGCAGAUCACACUCGUGAGCACGCAGGUACGUUGCUAGAGCCUAGAGCGGCUGCUGCAGUUGGACAGUCUGGACUAAUGUCCCUCUACGAUGCCAUGUUUGCACAAUACGGAGUGAAGCUGGCUCAAGUACUGGUUACCAAACCCGAUUUUUACAACGAAGAAACCCGCAAGAAUCUUUUCAGCACACUCAGCGAGCUGAUUAGCCUGAACAUAGUGCCGAUUAUAAAUACAAACGAUGCCGUUUCUCCACCACCUCAAGCCGACGAGGAGGUCGCCGGGUCGGGAGGUCGGAGAGGAAUCUCGAUCAAGGACAACGAUUCCUUGGCGGCGAUGCUCGCGGCGGAGGUACAAGCGGAUCUUUUAAUCCUGAUGAGUGACGUGGAUGGAAUUUAUAAUCUACCACCAUGGCAAGACGGAGCCAAACUGCUUCGUACCUUCAGUUCCGAUCAGAGGGGCAAUAUUAAGUUCGGUCAGAAGUCCAAGGUUGGAACCGGCGGCAUGGACUCCAAGGUGAACGCGGCGACGUGGGCGUUGGACCGUGGUGUUUCGGUGGUAAUAUGUAACGGGACGCAGGAGAAGGCGAUCAAGAGUAUAAUGGCGGGUCGAAAAAUCGGUACCUUUUUCACGGACACUAGCGGGCCGUCGGCGCCUGUUGAAGUAGUUGCGGAAAACGCCCGGACCGGAAGUCGAGUCAUGCAGUCUUUGCGGCCGGAGGAAAGAGCCAGCGCUAUAAAUACCCUGGCAAACCUGCUUGAGUCAAGGCAAGGUGACAUAUUGGAUGCGAAUAACAAAGACUUGGAGGAGGCGCAAAAGUCCGGCCUGGCGAAACCUCUGCUCUCGCGAUUGUCUCUGACACCAUCGAAGCUGAAAUCGCUGAGCGCCGGUCUGCGUCAGAUUGCCGACAGCUCCCAUCAGAACGUUGGUAGGGUUCUGAGGAGAACCAAGCUUGCCGAUGGACUGGAAUUGAAGCAGAUCACCGUGCCUAUUGGUGUUCUCCUGGUCAUAUUCGAGUCGCGACCUGACAGCUUACCGCAAGUCGCAGCCCUAGCGAUGUCCAGUGCGAACGGGCUGCUGCUCAAAGGUGGAAAAGAGGCGGCUCACAGCAACAAGUACCUCAUAGAACUCGUCAAGGAAGCUCUAAACACUGUCGGGGCGUCGAACGCGAUUUCUCUGGUUUCAACGCGCGAGGAAAUAGGCGACCUUCUCUCCAUGGAAAAGCAUAUUGAUCUCAUUAUUCCCAGGGGAAGUUCUGAGCUUGUCAGAAGCAUCCAGGAACAGUCUAAGCACAUUCCAGUUCUAGGACACGCUGAAGGGAUAUGCCACGUGUACGUUGACAAAGAUGCCGACAUUGAGAAAGCGUUGAAGAUAGUCCGUGACUCCAAGUGUGACUAUCCGGCGGCCUGCAAUGCUAUGGAAACGCUCCUGUUACACGAGGAGCACUUAAAUGGCACCUUCUUCGCUGAUGUUUGCAACAUGCUCCAAAAAGAAGGAGUCAAGAUCAAUUCGGGACCGAGGCUUCGACAGCAGUUGACGUUUGGUCCACCAGCUGCAAAGAGCAUGAAGACGGAAUACGGUGCCCUCGAGUGCACUAUCGAGGUUGUUUCCGACUUGGAAGAAGCCAUAAACCACAUUCAUCGAUACGGCAGCAGUCACACCGAAGUUAUCGUCACGGAGGACAGUCGGAGUGCGGCGCACUUCCAGCGUCAGGUUGAUAGCGCCUGCGUCUUCCACAAUGCCAGCAGCAGAUUCGCCGAUGGCUUCAGAUUCGGUUUAGGCGCAGAGGUCGGCAUUUCCACGGCACGCAUUCACGCUCGAGGCCCUGUCGGUGUCGACGGGCUUCUAACGACGAAGUGGAUCCUGCAAGGUGACGGUCAUGCAGCCUCCGAUUUUGCUGAAAACGGGACCCGAACGUUCUUGCACGAGUCACUUCCUCUUCAGGACGCAUGAAUAAUCUCGGGCCCUGAUGAUCCUCUUUACGUUGUGACUGCUGACCAUUGGCGAUAUCGGCACAGCAACGCUUGGAAUCUUAAGGGCUACAUACGACGAUUCGUUGAAUUGAUGAAAAUUUAUCUUUUUAAAAAAAAGCGGUCGGACGGUACCUGAUUGCUGUUUGUGCUCUUACAACUCUAAUAAAAUCACGAAAAUA